CGUCACGCGAGGCGCGGCGGCGGCGGGAAGUUCAGAAAGGCGGCGGCGGCGGCGGCUGCUGCUACUCCUCCCGUGAUCCCGGUCCCGAUCCCGGUCCCGGUCUCGUUCCCGUUCCCCAUCCCGGAGCCGCUGGCUCUGGUUCAUCCUGAACAUUUUCCUGUCUCUCAGGCUGUGGGAAGAUGUGGAUAUUUGUGAAAUAAGCUGUUGGAUGACCGUGUUGCCAAAGCAAUGGCUUCUCAAGAAUUUACUGUGUUAUACACUCACCAAAAGAUGAAAAAAUCAAAGACAUGGCAAGACGGAAUUCUGAGGGUUAGAACUGGCAGAAACCAGGCCACUUUGUUUGAUGAUAAAGGACAAUGUCUGGAGAGUAUUUUUAUAAAAUCUCAGGUGACUCCUGGAGAUGAUUUUGAAAGUGAGCGAUAUUUAAUCACAGUUGAAGCAGUCAGAGUGAGUGAGCAGCCCUCCAAAGACCAGCCAAAGAAAGCAGAAGCUCCAGCAGCGGAUAGAAAUGGUGUAAAACCUCCUCUUCUACCCCCAAGACAUCUCCCUGUCGGCUUGAAAAGGAAGUUUACGGGGUUCCAAGGGCCACGCCAAGUUGAGAAGAAAAUACCAGUCGUGGAAGAUGAAGGGAAACCAACAGUGGUGCCUUUACCUAAGGAGUGCCAAGGGAGUUUUCCAUCCAAGUUUUAUAUCAGCUCUCCCUUAUUUUCUAUGAUUGGCAAGAAGGGUGCAGAAACAAAUCCCUCUGUGGGUUGUCAGGAAGAGGGAUGUAGGGACAGCAACAGAGAACAAAUGUCUGUGUCCUCACUGCUUUCAUCUCCCUUUAGUGACAGCUGUGAGGAGACAGAGCAGCAAAACUCCAGUCAGUUUGUUGUGAGGCCAGAAUCUCCUCUCCUUGCUGGGCACGCUGGUCCCGGGGCAGUGUCCCAUCACAUCAGGAGCACAGCACAGAUAAUUGCUCUUCUGAAGUCUAAACCAGCACAAGGACAGAGGGAGCAAACAUCUGGAGUCACAGGUUGUCUUUCCAGGUUUCAGGCAGCAGAAAAUGCGGAUUUAUGUGACAAAAAAAGCCCCGUCCUACCUGCUUUUUCAGGUGACCCUACCAAAGGACUCGUUCCAGAUACACAGCACCUGCCUUUUAUGCAGGGAACUGUAAAUGAUAAAAAGCUCUGGAAUGCUCAAACACUUCCAAAUUCAGCUGGACAACCUUGUGGUGAAGAAGUCACGGGACAGAGACAAGACAAAAAGCCCAGCUGUGUGGAUAAUUUAUUCCAGAAGACAGAGGCAUAUAUUGUACCCACAGCAGCAGCCCAAAGAGACCCUGGGACAUCUGACUGGCAACCAAAGUCUCCAGGUUCCAGGAGCCUUCAUAAGGAUGAUGUUGACAUUAUCAGAGAAGGGAAUUUUCAAGUGAUGCCUGAUGUUAUUGAAGAGCCAGGAAUAAAUCAAUCCUCACUGGCAUUGGAUGUGUAUCCUGAACAUGUGCCACCAUGGACAAUGCCACGCUCACCCUCUGACCUGAGACAAGCACAGUGGGCUGCCUGGGAACCUGGCAAGACUUCCCCACUUGAUCCAGACUCUACAAUUUCUCCACCUUGGGAAAACGAGGACACUGUUGGAGACAUCUGUGAGCCCCUGACACAUGGGAUCUUACCAAGUGAACCAGAACUCCCAGACUUUUUUUUCACCCGGGAGAAAUCCAGCUAUCCAGAGGAAUGCAGCCUCCCAGGAUCCCAGCCCAUGAUGAAAGCACGAAUUCCAUUUGUCGCUCUUCCUCCCACCAACGACAUUCCUGGUGUGGUUCACCCCACUGAGAAGAAGAAGCUCCAGCAAUCUCUGGGCUCUUUAGGAGGCAGUUUGAGCAGCGAGUCAGUGGCAUUUCCUAGGAGCGCUCCUGGCCCCGAGGACAGGAAUUAUGAAACCUCCGUGUUUGGGGAGUACACGGAAGAUGGACAAAGGGGAUCUGUGCCACAAGUGCUCCCUCAUGUGACUGCCCAACACAGACAAAGCAAGUGGCUGAAGUAUCAAAGCAGUGCUCAGUGGGAUUUGAUCCCUGAAAACAGCGCUGACAGGGAAGAGAAUGAUGAUAUCUGUGCCCAGAGCAUCCUCGGAAUGCUGCCGGGCGACACAGGAGAGGGCACAGCCAUGAAUCCAAGUGCUCCCAGCUCUGCACUGCUGCUGCCAGCUGAGAGCUCUCCCAGGGAAUGCUCCAGGGCUGCAAACACCAGCCACCCAGAUCUGGUUUCAGAGGGGAAGGUACUUUCCCUGCACUUAAGGCAGACACCUUUGGCUGAGGCCACACAAAAGGUGUUGAGUCACCUGAGCUGCCACGCCGGAACAGGAGAGGGCCAGGACAUAACAAUUUCUGAGUUGUCUUUUCCUGCUGUGGAUAAAGUGAAACAUGCCAAUCUUCCUAAAAGAAAGAUUUCUAUCCCAGCUGUGUUUCAGUCCCACACUCACUACAAACAGGUUUUUAAAGCUGCUCUGACAGAGCAAUUGAACAUAAUGCUGUUUGAGUUGGCACGGAGACUGCACAAUGCCCUCUCCAAAGUGGAUAUAUCAUUUUACACUGCACUGAAAGAUGGGCAAAGCCAGAGCCAAGGGAGCUGUGCUCCACUCUGCAACCACAGGCACCCUGCUAAGCUGGUGAUGGUUAAAAAAGAAGGUCAAAACAAGGGUCGUUUGUUCUAUGCCUGUGAUGCCCCAAAAGCUGAGCAGUGUUCCUUUUUCAAGUGGAUUGAAGAUGUGAACCCCACACAGACAAAAUCCAGACCGAGUGCAGUGCUCCAUGAUACAAAAAGUAUUGGGACAUACCUCAGGAGCCAAAAGAUUGCUGUCUAUGAGGAAUGCCAGCUUUUGGUGAGGAAAGCCUUUGAAAUUCCAACACAGAAGUACAGUAAGUUCAAGAAAUUUAUGAAUACACCUACCAGCUUUGAUGGUGACUCCAAAUCCAAAUUAUACCUGAAACUAAGCAGGAAGGAGCAUUCUUCUCUCUACAGCAAAGAUGACAUCUGGGUUGUUUCAAAGACUCUGAACUUUGAUCCCAUUGAUACUUUCAUUGCAAGCAGUGCUUUCUUUGGACCAUCCUCCAAUAAUGAAAUAGAAUUGCUGCCACUGAAAGGCUACAGUCCCUCCAACUGGAGAUCAAACAUGUGUGUUCAUGCCUUGCUGGUUUGCAAUGCCAGUGGGGAGUUGGCAUCCUUAAGGAACUUGGAGGAGCACUUCAAUCCAUCCACGUUACCACUAAUCCCAUAUCUCCUCAAAAUGGAUUUUAAUUCUGAAAAUGCUACGAAAAGAGUUGACAAAAGGAAAUUUACUCCUCCUGCCAUGAGCCUUAAGUGCUCGAUGAUGUCUGGCCCUGUGAGCUCUGAAGUGGCAAUGGGAGUGGCUGAAGAGAUGAUCCAAAGGUUCUCCCUGAACCCAGACCAAGCAGCAUCACUGAUUCACAUAGCUCACAUGAUGACCUCCUGUGAAAACCCCAAACCAGGGCAAGGACAUCAAAGCUUGCCCAUCACAAUCAUCCAUGGUGUUUUUGGAGCUGGCAAGAGCUACUUGCUGUCUGUGGUGAUCUUGUUCCUCGUGCAGCUCUUUGAAAGCAGCGAAGCUACGGAGGGUCCAAGGGCAACUCCAUGGAAACUUCUCAUCGCUUCUUCCACCAAUGUUGCUGUGGACAGGAUACUGCUGGGUCUGCUCGAUCUUGGAUUUGAGGAUUUUAUAAGAGUGGGAAGCAUAAGGAAAAUCACAAAAGCAAUCCUUCCCCAUAGUUUACAUGCAGGCUCAGGAAAUGAAAACGAGCAGCUGAAAGAGCUGCUUGCUCUCAUGAAAGAAGAUUUAACUCCAGCUGAAAAAAUAUAUGUCAGGAAGAGCAUUGAGCAGCAUAAACUGGGGACCAAUAAAACCAUUCUACAACAGGUGAAGGUGGUUGGAGUGACGUGUGCUGCCUGCCCUUUCCCGUGCCUGAACUCACUCAGGUUUCCUGUGGUGAUGCUGGAUGAGUGCAGCCAGAUGACUGAACCUGCUUCUCUCCUUCCCAUCGCCAGGUUUCAGUGUGAAAAGCUUGUCCUUGUUGGAGACCCCAAGCAGCUGCCACCAACUAUUCAAGGGUCUGAGAGUGUUCAUGAGCAGGGAUUGGAGCAGACUCUCUUUGACCGUCUCUGCUUAAUGGGACAUAACCCAAUUCUUCUUCGGACACAGUACCGCUGUCACCCUGCCCUCAGUGCCAUCGCCAACGAGCUGUUCUACCAUGGGAACCUCAUCAAUGGGAUUUCUGAGGAGGACAGGACACCUCUGUUGGAAUGGCUUCCAACACUCUGCUUCUACAGCGUUCAUGGCAUGGAGCAAAUUGAAAGAGACAACAGCUUUUAUAACAUGGCAGAAGCUCAUUUUACAGUCAAGCUCAUCCAGUCUCUGAUUGCAAGUGGAAUAGAAGGAGCUGCUAUUGGUGUGAUAACCCUUUAUAAAUCACAAAUGUAUAAGAUCCAGAAUUUGCUCAGUGGGGUUCACUCCGAGGCUUUUGAAGUCAAGCCUGUCCAGGUGUCCACGGUGGACGCAUUCCAAGGCGCGGAGAGGGAAAUCAUCGUCCUGUCGUGCGUCAGGACGAGGCAGUUUGGGUUCAUAGGCUCGGAGAAGAGGAUGAACGUGGCACUAACCAGGGCCAAGAGGCACCUGCUGAUUGUGGGAAGUCUGCCCUGUCUGAGCAGGAACAGGCUGUGGGGAAGAGUAAUUCACCACUGCAAAGGAUGGGAAAAUGGCUUACAACAUGCAAGCCAGUGUGAGCAGCAGCUAAAUGACAUUCUCAAGUCUUACUUGGAGAACUGGGAGGAAGAAGAACAGAGUAAGAAAAAGGAAAAAUAAAAUACAUAUUGAUUUUUGUGAACAAAAUAUUAACUGCUUGUCUACAGCAAUAGCUCUGGUAAUUUUUAAUCUAGUAUUUAUUUAACAUGGGGUAUUUUUGUUUGGAUCUCAGUGCACUAAUAAUUUUG